AAAAUUACCCGAUACAUUUGUGUAAAAGGUUUGCGCGGUUUAUUUGAGAAGAAAGCGAGUACUGUUGUCUUCAUUGAGCCAGGAUCAACAUGAGUUAUUUCCAGUGAUCGAGAGCGAAAAAGAGGAAUGUCAAGUGUAUGGACAGGCAAACAGUGGACCAACUGUCAUCAUUUUUUCCUUCUAAGAGAGAUAAAUACAACGAAGAACAGAAUUACUUAAGAAUGCAGAGAAAUGGUGUUGCCCUUCAGCCCCUGAAUUUCCCUGUAACUCGGUCGAUACUGUGGAACAGAACUGCUCAAGGGGACACUGAAACUCUUCAUCUUACAACAAAAAGGAAUGUGAGGUUGUAUAUCAAUGAAAAGACCCUGCAUCUGGCUCGCAGACAUGCCAAUCAAAACAAGUCUUCCAGUGAAUGUUUCCUUGUCGGAAGCGUCUCAGUUGACUCAAAAGAGGACAGCAUUGAUGUUACUGUGGACAGAUUUGAUCCAGGUAGAGAAGUCAUGAUCAAACAGGGUACUGGAAAAGUCAAAAGGAAAGUUCCCACUACAGUUGUUCCUGGAGACCACAUUGUGCCAAUCACUUUAAUCCAAGGUUUGAGUGGAGCUGAGAACUCUGUAACACACACAACUGAAGAAUUUCAGAGAACAUUUCAGGUCCAGUUUGGUAGGAUCAGCAGCCAAGAAACUGUGAGUCUGUCACACCUUGUGAGCUUGAAGGUCUGCUGUCAGUCACACGGUGAUGAUGAUGAGAUCAUAAUUAACGUCAACUGUGGUGCCAUUGCCAUGGGAACAAAAAUAUGUGCCACUCCUGUAGUAGCUGUACCCAUCAUUCCAACAGCACUGGCCAGAAAUUUGUCAGGUCCACUAAGACUUAGUGAGGUUCAAGGUGUACCGAAAUGUGGAUAUUUGACCAUGGAUCACACCAGGAAAUUACUGUUGCUGCUUGAAUCUGAUCCAAAGGCAGUUUCUUUACCACUUCUUGGAAUUUGGGUGAGUGGAAUUUACAACAUUCAUCAUCCUUUUAUAUGGGCCUGUUGUCUGCGUUUUCUCCACUCAGCAGCUCUUCAGCAAAGGGUGUUUGCCCCUCCAGAUUCCUUCCUACUUCUGUUGUAUUCACCUGUGAAGAGUACACCAGAGUUCUGGGAAUGCCGACAAGAUCAGUCGGUAGUGAAACAAACACCUUGUAUCUUCUUUCAGCCACUUGGUUCCAGUUCUACUGAGCCAUUGUGCUUUGAGCUGUUUCCAGCCCCUGAGGGACUGGGAAGAAGUCUUUUUGAGCAAGCCGUGAAUGACUGGGAGAAAGAACAAAGAACAAUGAGGUUUGGUGGAGAUGAAGAUCUUUCUUCCAGAAACCAACCUGUCCCUCCAAUGUGGAAAGGGCCUGAGGAAGAGGAAUUCACUCCAGUUCCCAGACCCUCUCCAUCUCCUCAUCCUCAAAACUUCCAGCUUGUGCUUCCAGAAGUAGCUAAGACAUCUUUGUCUCUGAGCUUCGAUGAGCAGGCUACAGUUGAUACUCCAGAACAGGGCUUUGCAUAUCAGAAAAUUCUACCCAAUCCAAAACAUAUGCAUCAUCCAAAAUCUCAGAGUCAACAAGACCAAGAAAAUAAUCAUACAAAUAGAAUCAGUUCUGCAGGCCUAUUAAAAGCGAAAAACCCAGCUACAAAGAACAGCAGAGCAGUGAAAUCUUCUGACACUCAGAAUUCACCAUCAAGAGAACCAUUGAGGCCAAUAUUAGCUCCAAAUCAAACUCAAUCAAGGGUACUGAAGCAAAAACAAAUUCAUCCACAAUUACCUCAGAAAAGUAAGCUAUCCCAAGGCAUGGUUCAAUCAGUUUCCACUCAGAGGGUAACUAGUGCAGUACAUCAUGCACAUCAGAGACCACAGCAUGCUCUUCCAGACACUGCUACUGACAAGUCUAAAAGAGAUGGAAAACAAGUAUUCUCUAAGCAAGUGGAUGUUGUUCAGAAAAUUGAAUUAGGGAAAGUUAAACACACAGACAGCACAAAUCAUUUCAUGGUAGCCAAACCUAAAGGCUCAAAAAGUGCAGACAAGGAAAACUUGCACAGUUUUACAGGACAGUGUAAGGUUUCUCCAAAGCACAAAGCUGAAGGAAACAAAGAAACAAAGUUUGACUUGCCAUCUAUUAGACCAGCAGAUAACAGUAACAAUCCAACAUCAGUACACCAAAUUCAAAAGCCUUGUUUGGAGACAGUUUAUGAAGGAGAAACCCUAGAUGGAACUUUGAAUCAAAGUAUGGGUGAAACGGAACUACAACUUCAAAUUAAAGAGGAAAGCUCCCCCACACAUGGCAAUUUUAGUUUGUUUUCAUGUCAUUCUCAAAAGGGUACAAGCUGUGCAAAUAAUGAAUUUCUCAGGGAAGGAAAUACUGGUCUUGUAGUGGAUGAAUAUGAAGGAACAGUGCCGGGAAAUGUACAAGAACAGAGAAGUAUUAAUUUUCAUUCUCCAGACAGCGGAGAACAAGUUUUUAAAGACUUUACUUCAGGUUCUGUGUCAAGUGAGAUUGUACCCCUGCAAUCUCAGGAGAAAGGAGGGCAGACAUCAGAAGCUAAUGAAGAGAACCCUGACAUCCAAAAGCAUCAACAAUUAUUUAAGGAAGAUGUGCAGGUUGUAGGAAAUGUUACCACAAAGAAAAGAAUGGAGAGUUCUAUGUCAGCAGAAGGGUCACCCCUCCCUGAUCCUUACCAACUUCUUAUGAGACAAGAAGCUCAGCUAAGAGAACUUCAAGAACAGAUCAAGCUUCUACUGCAGCAACAAAAUGCUCAACUUCUUCCUGCUCCCAAUGCAUUACUCACUCCUCCCAGAUCUCCUCAUUUGGAAAGUUGUUAUGGCAACAACAGAUCACCUGACCCCUCUCCCAUCUCAAUGGUUACAGCAUGUACAAACACUGGUGCAAGUCUGCUACUUGGAACACCUGUGAAGCUUAACAGCAAGAGAUCAGCUGCUACAUCACCAAUAAAGGAAAAGGACUUGAAUCAGAAUAGAAGAGCUUUGUCAACUUCAAGUGAAUUUGUCAGUGAGAUGAACUUGCAGGCAGGCCAGCCAAACUCUAAACAGUUACACAGGUCUACCAAUCCUGAUGAAUUAGCAAAUCAGGUGAUAGAGAUUGAUGACCCUAGUCAAACAUUAGCUUCUUCUCUUCAUGCUGUGGACAUCCCAAGCUUUGUUGAUAGUCCUUCAGGCGUGACUAGCCCCAGUUCUAAUGCUUGCACUGAAGGAGGAGGCAUGGAAACAAGUCUCACAAGUCCUAUGUUAGGUGAGUGUAAGCAUAAAACCAGAAAAAAUCAAGAGGAACUGGUAGAGAGGAACUGGCAGAGAGGAACUGGUAGAGAGGAACUGGACCAAGUCAAGAACAUUCUUGAUCAUCAAGGUCAAGAAGACCACACCCCAGAAGACUCUUCUCAGAAAUCUGAUCUCAAAGAACCUGCCACACCUUAUUAUGCCACACGAGAAGAAGUUGUUAUGGCAACAGUGGGUGAGUUGGAAAAGUUGAAGGCCUCACCUCCUGGAACUAAAGAUGGACCUACAGAGAACCAUGUCAGCACUUUCCCCAAACAAUGGCCAUUCCACAGAUCAGCAUCACUGAGCAUUAUACCAGAUCAUCCUCGCAUUAACUACUUGUCACUAUCUGUUGAUGACACACUUGAUGAAGUUUUCAGUGAAGCAGACUUCAAAUACCUAACUGAUGAUCAACAACAGGAGCUUCAAAAAAUCAACAGUCAUGGCAAAAGCCACAGCCGCCAAAGAGCUGUUACUUUUGACAAUGAUAUUUCUCGAUCUCCCAUGGACUAUACUUGGAAUAACUUAUCCAUGGCUACCCAGCAGUACUUGGGAAAGUACUGCUUAGCUCCUAAACAUCCCGAUGGGCUAACUAAGGCCAGGAAAACAAAAGGAAUUUCCAGUAGUGAUUCUGGCCUCUUGAAUUCUGAAACAUUCCAAGGGUGUAAGGCACCACCUCCUACUCCAGAGCCCACCUCCAAAGAGGAAAAUACUUCAAAUAUUCUAGACAUCACCAGGCUGAAAAAGCUACCCAAGUUAAUUUGACAAACAAGAUACAGACAGAAGUACUUCUUAAUCUUAAAAAAAAAAUAGGCCAUUGAUUCAGAAGAAUAAUUUCUUACCAAAUGAUAUUUAGUACCAGUCAUGUAAUAAAGAGAUGCUUACUGGGUUUUUCUCUUCCAAACUGAAGAGUUUGAUAGUGAGCACAGUUUCCAUGCCAACUAGAAUCUAGAGAUCUGUGUUUUAAAACAAUGAAACACUUAAGAUACUCCAUAUGCCUUAAAAACAUCAUUAUUCAAAGAUUCUGGACCCCUUGGCCUUUACACUCGAUUAUCAUGCAGUAUGCAUAUCGCAGUAAAUGGCUUGAACCCGGGGGUAACAUUGUAAGAACA